AUGGACGCGUUCACGGCACCCUCGCCCUCCCACUCCGGCGCGACGUCCGGCGGCGGAGCCUCCCACCGCAAGAGGAAGCUCCCGCCGUCGUCCCUCUCCGACGCCACCGAGGACGACGACACCACUGCGCCGUCCACUCCCACCUCCCCGUCCCCCUCCCACUCCGGCGACUACGACGACGACUCCCUCCACACCUUCACCGUCGCCCGCCUCGUCGGCGCGCCGCCGUCCCCGAGUCGUCGACCGUGUCUGCCCGCCGCUGCGGCUGCGGCUGCGGCGGCGGCGGCUCCCAAGCCGGAUGCCGCGUGCAUGGCUGCCGGAGAUGAGGAGGACCCCAAGGGGUUGUUCACUGACAACGUCCAGAACAGCGCUCGGGAGGAGGGCCUCAAGCGUGAGGAAGAAGCUGGGAGACUGAAAUUUCUAUGUUAUUCUAAUGAUGGAGUUGAUGAACAUAUGAUUUGGUUGGUAGGCUUGAAGAAUAUUUUUGCCCGGGAGCUUCCUAAUAUGCCCAAAGAGUACAUUAUCCGUCUCGUUAUGGAUAGAACUCACAAGUCAAUGAUGGUCAUCAGAGUAGGCACUACUUAGCGGCCUUAUACAAGGUUUUGAAAUUGUGGCCAGAGGUUUGGGGAAAUAGCUUUUUGUGCAAUUACCGAUGAGCAAGUUAAAGGCUAUGGGACACGAUUAAUGAAUCACCUGAAGCAACAUGCUCGAGAUGCUGAUGGGCUCACUCAUUUCUUAACUUAUGCAGAUAACAAUGCGGUUGGCUAUUUCGUAAAGCAGGGUUUCACAAAGGAGAUCACAUUGGACAAAGAAAUAUGGCAAGGGUACAUUAAAGACUACGAUGGAGGAAUAUUGAUGGAGUGAAAAAUUGAUCAAAAGUUGCCAUAUGUUUAUUCUGCAACGAUGAUUCGACGUCAAAGACAGGAAAUUGACCAGAAGAUCAGAGAGCUUCUUUCUAAAUGCCAUAUUGUUUAUUCUGGAAUCGACUUCCAAAAGGAAGAAGCUGGGAGGCUGAAAUUUCUAUGUUAUUCUAAUGAUGGAGUUGAUGAACAUAUGAUUUGGUUGGUAGGCUUGAAGAAUAUCUUUGCCCGGCAGCUUCCUAACAUGCCCAAAGAGUACAUUGUCCGUCUUGUUAUGGAUAGAACUCACAAGUCAAUGAUGGUCAUCAGGAAUAAUAUUGUUGUAGGAGGCAUUACUUACCGGCCUUAUACAAGCCAGAGGUUUGGGGAAAUAGCAUUUUGUGCAAUUACAGCCGAUGAGCAAGUUAAAGGCUAUGGGACACGAUUAAUGAAUCACCUGAAGCAACAUGCUCGAGAUGCUGAUGGGCUCACUCAUUUCUUAACUUAUGCAGAUAACAAUGCUGUUGGCUAUUUCGUCAAGCAGGGUUUCACAAAGGAGAUCACAUUGGACAAAGAAAGAUGGCAAGGGUACAUUAAAGACUAUGAUGGAGGGAUAUUGAUGGAGUGCAGAAUUGAUCAAAAGUUGCCAUAUGUUGAUCUGGCAACGAUGAUUCGACGUCAAAGACAGGCAAUUGACGAGAAGAUCAGAGAGCUUUCGAACUGUCAUAUUGUUUAUUCUGGAAUCGACUUCCAAAAGAAAGAAGCUGGUAUUCCAAGAAGAUCAAUAAAACCAGAAGACAUCCAAGGUUUAAGGGAAGCUGGCUGGACGCCAGAUCAGUGGGGGCAUUCCAAAUCUCGAUCAGCAUUUUCUCCUGAUUACAAUACUUACAGACAACAACUUACUAAUCUAAUGCGCCUGUUGUUGAAGAAUAUGAAUGAGCAUCCUGAUGCUUGGCCAUUCAAAGAGCCAGUGGAUUCACGUGAUGUUCCUGACUAUUAUGACAUAAUCAAAGAUCCUAUUGAUUUGAAGACAAUGUCAAAAAGAGUUGAAUCCGAGCAGUAUUAUGUUACCCUAGAGAUGUUUGUAGCUGACAUGAAGAGAAUGUUCAGCAAUGCAAAAACCUACAAUUCCCCUGAUACAAUUUAUUACAAAUGUGCCUCACGACUUGAGAGCUUCUUCUCAGGCAAAGUAGCAUCUCAGCUUGCGCAAGCCUCAACGAAGAACUGACUUGGCCUUUGGCGCAUUUGAUAUAGUCGCUUGUUGUAAAGUUGUUACAGCUGUAUGCCCCAUUCUUGCUUUCCAGCAAUGUAGUUUUAAUGUCGCA